GCUCGGCUCGUCGCUGUGAACGUCGUCUCACUCCCCGGCGACAGGCAGUGUGCGGGCCGCGCUCACGUCGGGCGGGCUCGGUCUGCCGCCGCCGACUGGGCUCUCCGCCGUUCCCGGGAGCCGAGCUUUUCUAGGGGCUCUGUUGCUUGCGACCACGAUGACAAACUUAGACAGUGUUGACCAGACGACUGACACCCUCCCCGAGCUCAAGAGCUCCAAGGAAUGGUUGCAACCGAAGUCAAUUUCGUUCGUGGAGGCACUAGCUGAAGAUGAUAUUGAUGCAGCUAUUCAGUCGAUACUGUAUAAAGAAAACUAUGCAAUUAAGGAACUAGAUAAGUAUUUACAACAUCAUGACUUCUUAAACACAAGAAGAAAAGAGUUAUUACAUAAAAGAUGGGUUGACCAUGUAGCAAAUCCUCUCCAGAAGAAAAUUAUAGAAAAAGUUUGUUCACACAAGAAUAUUACUAAAAGGAGGCAACGGGAAUCAGCUGGGUUUUUAAAACAUGUAAAUAAACAGGGAAAUGUGUUCAUAGAACACUAUGAUCCAAGAGAGUAUGAUCCCUUUUAUAUGGACAAAGAAGACCCCAGUUUUAUGAAGGUAAUCAUCCCACCAUUCCGAGAUCCUUUGAAAAAGGCCCAAGCAGACAGAUACAAUGAAGAAAGAACGCUUCUUCAGUGUGAGACUGGCAAAAUCUACACAAUGACAGAAUUCAAGGAGGAGGCCAAGUUGCGUUCCAGAUUCCCCAGAAUCCGUAAUUCAAGACACUUCAUGACUCCAAAUGAGUGGCUGAAAAUGCCCACAUCCUACAUGGAAAGUGACUUUUGUAAAAGGAGAAGGUUAAACAUGAAAGUGAAUUUUAACAGCAGUAGUUUUGAUUUGGAACACUGCUCAAGAGCCCCUCCUCUUCUGGAAAUGCCGAAUGGAGAAAAAGCAGUGGUUUCCAGAGUCAAAGACUCAUCCUUUCUGGAGAAAGGACCUCUGCAUUGUCAGAUGGGAAAGACUCCAAACCGCAGAGAGGCCGACUCUGAGGGGCAGCGCCUCAGCCUGGAGGCAGGAAGUGCUGUGGCCCAGGAGGCAGUAAGAGCGGGGGUCCUGCUGUUUUGUAACACACAGGCACCAACUGCUAAUCCCCAAACCUAAACAGAUGGGCACUAAUCUGUGUGAAAGGGUUCCAGGGAGAGAGGAGCAGCCAUCCCCCUGAAACACCCUUCUUCACCCCCGACAGAAAAAGAAAAAAAAAAAAGGCAGGAAAAAAGUACUAGAAGCUGAGAGAAAAGUUUGCUCCCGGGCGUCCACAGAGUGGAGAGCAGGACUCCCGAGGCCCCGUUCCCGAGCUGUUGGCCUGCUCCCUCUCCACCAUCUCUACCAUUUCUCAACCACUUCUCACUCAUCUUUGGGCUCUAAGCUUGGCCUCACCUACUGUUUCCUUUAAUUCAGUCAGGACAGCUAGAAUAAUUUCAGUAGGACCACCAGAGUAGUGAAAUGUAAGGCAUAAAAGUCUGCAAACUGAAAAUGUCAGCUGUAUAGAAACUGUCCACAGAGCACAGAGGUCUCACCCUAAGACAGCUCUGCAAACUUGCUGGCUGGCUGACCAUCUCAGCCCAGCCUACUGCUUCCAGGUCAAGAGUCCACCUCUCCCUCUAAGCCCCAAGGCCUGGAGGCCUGGAGUUUAGGGUUUGGAGAAGUCAUACCUUUCCCUCCAUCUUCCUUACUGCCCAGUUAGAAAUCAGAAGAGCAGCGAGCUCUUAGUUCUGAGUAAGCAGUCCAUCUUCACCUCUCAUUUUAGAUGUCUCUCUGUUUCACCCAAAGGAGAAAGAAACACUGAAGCUCUGUUUUGUGGUUUAGCCUCUCCGGUGGUUCGAUUUCAGUAUCCUUCCGGGUGCUUUCUCUCUCAGAAAUUUCACCAGCACCUACUGUGAGCCAGGCAGUGUUUGAGACAUAACACACAAUAUCAAGAACUCUGAUCUUCAGGAGCUUAUAGGACAGGGCAACAAUAUCAAUAACAAAUAUAUGAUGUGAACUCAGAAUAAGUGCAGCAGGGAAAACGCAACAGGUAAGGGGCUGGUGGUGGUGCACCUGGUUGAGCACACAUGCUACAGUGCACAAGGACCCAGGUUCGAGCCCCCCAGUCCCCACCUGCAGGGGGAGAGCUUUGCAAGUGGUGAAACAGGGCAGCAGGUGUCUCUCUCUCUCUCUCUGUCUUCCCCUUCCCUCUUGAUAUCUGGUUGUCUCUAUCCAAUAAGUAAAGAUAGCAAAAACAAAUUCAAAAAUCCAAUAGGAAAAGUGGGAUGAGGGAAGAACUACCCUGACAGAACCGGUCUAAGUGGACAGUGAGGGGGACGAGUUGUUUUACAGUCGCACCCUACACACCCUCUUUGUGUAUUGUGAUGGUUAUUAAAUUUAAUCAGCCUCAAACGUGACUACUCCUUACUUAGCUUACUUACCUCUGCCCCUCUUCCUGUCCAGACUGCUUCCCUCCAUCCCUCCAACCUACCCCGGUCCCCACCCCCAGUUCAGUGAAUAGCUCCAGAAUCAGGACCCUUCAGAACAAAAAAAAAAAAAAAAAAAAAAAUCUGGGCCUGGACUUGUGUUGUUGGAGACAUUUUUGAUGACCUUCUCAAUCUCUUUGGUUGUAAUCAACCUAUUAAUGUUUUCCAGUUCUUGCUGGCUCAGUCUGUUUCU